AUGACACUCCGAAUUCAAGCAGUGACAAUGCUCUCCAUUUUCCUAUUCGCACAUCUCCUCUCAUCCAUUCUCGCUCAACAACAACAACUCGCAACACAAUCCAUCAAAAUUUCCUCCUUCAACAUUCAAGUAUUUGGUCAAACGAAAAUGUCAAAACCCGAAGUAGUUCAAACACUUCUCAAAAUUACCUCCAUGUAUGAUUUAAUAUUCAUCAUGGAAGUACGAGAUUCAAGUAACACGACCAUACCCGAAUUUACACGACAAUUAAAUAAUUUUAUUCCAUCGACGAGUGUCAAGUAUCAAUUUCAAAUCAGUGAACCACUCGGAAGAACGAGCAGUAAGGAGCAAUAUGCCAUUCUUUAUAAACCCAAUAUCAUCAAAUUUGUGAAAACUCUGCAAUAUUUGGAUGUCAAUAAUUGGUUCGAGAGACCUCCUUUCCUAUUUGUAUUUGAAUUAGUUGCAUUGCCAAGUCAAAUAUUUUCAUUAUUGGGAUGUCAUAUCAAGCCAACAGAUGCUGUUGCAGAAAUGAAUCAUUUGGUUGAUGUUUUCAAUUCGUAUCAAAAUGAGGCAUUUGCUAAUCAAACCAUUAUGUGUGGCGAUUUCAAUGCAGGAUGUUCCUAUGUGACCUCAUCCGAUUGGAAUUCGAUUUCUUUACGAACAGACAGUACUCGAUUCAAAUGGCUCAUUAAUGACACUACAGAUACCACAGUAGCAACUUCUGAGUGUCCCUAUGAUCGAUUUGUUGUUCCCACAAGUAUGGCACAGAACAAUAUCCUCAAAUUGGGUAGCAAGUAUGAAAUUAGUCAAGUGGCAUCCGUAUUUCGAUUCGAUGAGAGGUUGGGAUUGAAUUCAACAUUUGCAGCAACCGUUUCAGAUCAUUAUCCGAUUGAAAUGACCAUUCAGGUACGAGUAGCGACGACAUCCUCGAGUGGUGGACCAAAAGUUUCACAAUCCACACCUCGAGUGGUUUCGAGUACGACACGUUCAUUGUCAUUAUCAUUAUUCAUCAUACUCGUGAUCGUCAUGGUUCAAUUUUUGUGUGGCUAUUGGAUUUCUCUUUAA